CCUCCUCAGUCUCGACGAACUUGAGCACUUCAACGAGAGAACUAUAACUAACUCGACAAUAGUAUUACAAAAGGGAAGAUAAAAAUGGCGCUUGAUCUCUCAGCAAAUACAGCAUCCAAAUUAGAACCGUUCUUGUUGAUGUCAAAAUCCGCCAAAGGCGCUGCGGCGGCGAAACUCAUAAUGGACGCGACGGCUGCACCUGGUGUUUUCGUAUUCUCAGAGUUGUUGGAGAUGCCGAAUAUACAGGAGUUGUCGAAGUCCGAGCAGGCGCCAUAUCUGACACUCUUGCAAGUCUUCGCACACGGGACGCUUGAGGAUUACAACAAUGUAAAACAGACUGCGACUCUACCGGAUUUGAACGAUGCUCAACGGACAAAGCUACGACUCCUGACCAUCGUCUCACUUACUCUCGACCAUCGGAUUCUUCCAUACGAAUUACUUUUACGAACAUUACAAGUACCGACCAUCCGUGAAUUAGAGGACCUCAUCAUCGAUGGCAUUUAUCUCGACAUCAUGCGCGGGAAACUCGAUCAGAAAGAACAACAGUUUGAGGUAGAAUGUACUAUCGGGCGAGAUCUUGGACCGGGAAAGUUAGAGAUCCUACUGAACUCUUUACAAGAUUGGGCACGUACGACCUCCGCUGUACUCUCCACGCUCGAUGCACAACUCGCGCAGCUUGCAUCUCAAGGGAUGGCUAAGAGACUUGAACGAGAAGAACACGAGCGAGCCGUACAAGCUACACUUUCAGAUGUACGGAAGGAGAGCAAAGCUUCGGGCCGUACGGCUCGGGGUAGCAUGUAUGAUAGGGAGCGGGGCGAUGGAGAGGCGAUGGACGUUGAUGAACCACGGGGCUCCUCAGGCUCGGUGGACGCUGCGAAGGGAAGGAAAUUCAAACUGCAAGACUAUGGAAAGACUACCGCACGAAAGCGGAACCGGUUCUAGUUUAAGCAUAAGCUGGUUACCUGCUGUGUUAUUACCUUUCUGUUGUCGUCUUUUACUUGCCUCACACGCACAUUUAUCUGUAUUCCUUAUCAUUACUCCAAGGGUCGAAAUAACGUUGCUCUAAGCUGAUUCGCUUCAA